AUGCCCAUCAAUAAAACCAACUUUCAACCCAAAGAUGCGCGAGCUAUCAGCAUGUCGUAUCGAGACGAAGACGAAGAUGACAUGAGCGAUCUAUUCCCCAACGAGAAAUCGUCACCGUCCAAUGGCAGAAAGAUGAUGACUGGAACGCAAGCACUGGUGGAAUUCCUCAAAACGACAAGCCCAGAAGAGUUUCAAAGGAGUACGCCCGAGAGAUCAGUCAAUAACCUCUUUUCCAGGAUCAGAAAACCCAAGAGAAAUACAGCUCCACCUCCGCCAGCAAGCAUUAUGCCCACACCAUCCAUGUCAAGCCGGUCUGUUCCUUCCAGUACUUCCUCUUUGCCUGUAACACUUGCUUCCACACUUACAGCACCUACAUCUUAUCACGGCAGCGACAUUAUCAAUAACCAUAUGAUCCAUAGAAAAAACUACAUUGAAAUUGUGCCUCAGCAACAGCAGCAACAGCAGCAGCAGCAGCAGCAGCAGCAGCAGCAUCUAAAGAUGGCGGCAGCCAAGAGUGCUGGCAAUAGUCGAUCUCCUUCCUUUGAUACAACCUCAAUCCAGUCAUUUGUGUUACGUUCCAACAGUACUAGUACCAACAACAACAACAACAAGGCUGGAGAGCCCAUUCUACCCAAUAAAAAGAGAGAAUCCAGCCUGUACAGUGGCUCACUUCGUCAUUCUGUAUCCGUCAAAUCUCAACUGAGCGCUAUCGCCAAUUCAAAUCGUGCUACGAGGCCGCUGGUCAGAGAUGUAAGCCAAAGACUGGACGUCAAGGCAACGGAAGAGUUUCUAUCUUGCGCGGACGGCAUGGAUUCCAUUGAAUCAGCCUUGUUGCACAGGCUGGAGAGAAUGCGUCUUGUUGAUGGUGAUAUUCCCAGUGAUCAGGUAGCUGCUGGCUUGGCUACAGAGCAUGUGCGAGCCUUGGGUAUAACGCAUACAUUGGACAAUCAACACCAUUUGGAUCUUGAAAAGCGAAAAGUAAGACAUAUGCAGGUCCAGACCGAAGACACAAGCAUGAGUAGCAGUAAUGAGCAGCAGCCCGUGACACACCACACACCUGGGCCCCUGAAUGAAUCAGCCAGCACGCCAGAGGAUCAAGAGACAAGAGCGAAAAGAGCUGAAGCAGCUUUGGAGGAUGCGUUGGAUCAUUUUGAAGUGAUUAGCGGGCUGGCUUACAAGAAGCUACGAGAAUUAUGGGAAGAGAAGAUGAGAUGGGAGAAUGCUUGUAUGGAGCUGAGAGAUAGACUUGUGGUCAUGGAACAGAAGCGAUUUCCAUUUCAGCAGCAGCAGCAGCAUCAACAACAGCAACACCAAGACGACCAUGGCAAUGGCAUCAUGCGCGAUGAUUACUUUUUGGAGGAAAAUGAGGAAGAAGAUGAAUUGGGAUUAUCAGAGUUUCCCUGUAGUGAAAAUUAG